GAAAAUUCAAAGAAAGGAUGUCAACGAAGAAUAAUGCAAUGGCCCAAGGCAGCCCGCUCCAUUGGCGCCCUUAUCUCAUUUGAGAUCGUAGCCCACACACACCGGAAAAAUCUCUGCGGGCCGGAUGACGGUGGAUUUCGGAUUCCAGUUCGCAGAAUCAUCUUCAUCUUCAUCACCGCUUAUUGCAUAUUAUUCUAGUUUUUUAUUCGAGCGCUAAAAUCCGCAAUCCGAACGCAGUUCAGGUAUCAUUUGGAUUCAAAGAACUGCAAAUCCUGGAUUUCAUGGACUGACGCUGAGAGUAGAGAAGAUGCCUUUUCUUUUCAUGAACUGAACACGAUCGGCUGAAGUUGAAAGAAAACGCAGCAGAUUUGGAGAAGAAUGGCUUCGGAGGAGAGAAUUCUUGUUGAAAUCUUGGAAGAGAACAUUCCAAUAGACAUGGCCAAAUACAUCACGUUCGUUAGUGCUCCCCAGGCCGGCGCUAUCUCUACAUUUUCAGGUACUACACGAGACAAUUUUGAAGGCAAGACGGUGGUGGAAUUGCGGUACGAAGCUUAUGUACCAAUGGCUAUUCGGAGCAUCAAAUCCAUCUGUUCAUCUGCUAGAUCAUCUUGGAACCUCCAUUCGAUUGCAGUUGUGCACCGCCUAGGUCCUGUUCCUGUGGGGGAGAUCAGCGUUUUCAUUGCUGUUUCAGCUGUUCAUCGUGCUGAUGCAAUGGAUUGUUGCCGUUUUGUGAUUGAUGAACUUAAGGCUUGUGUGCCAAUAUGGAAAAAGGAGGUUUAUGAUAAUGGAGAGGUUUGGAAGGAGAAUUCUGAGUUCAUGGACAGAAGAUUGGAGCUUGUGAAGAAGCAAGGAGAUCAAAAUGAAAAUGAAACUGAACUUGUAAGGCAUAGUAGGAAAAGCUGCUGUGGCUCAAAGGUUAAGGUGAUGAAUGAAGAAUCGUCUAGCUGCAUUAGUUCAGAUCAUGAAGAAGGCAACCGCCAUCACAAUGUUGAGAAGGAAAAUGAGGAAGCUCAAGUUCAAAGGAAUGGCAGGAAAAGCUGCUGUGGCUCAAAGGUUAAGCUGAAUGAAGAGGAAUCUAGACAGACGAUGCAUUAGCUGCUGUGGGGUUCUCUCGUUCAUUAGUAAGAGAAUUUCUUUUCUCUCAAUGCAUUUUUUUCUUUUCUGAGUCAAAAGUUUAUUGUUAUCCAUACAUUUUAAGGGCCACAAAGGGGAGGGGGGGAAAGAGAGGAGAGAACCCAAAAACCAAACCAAUCUUUGUUUUGAAGAAGGUUCAAAACUUCUCUCUUUCUCUCUCAAUGUUACAUUUUGAAUAAAUUUGGAGGAGUAUUUAAGUAUGAACAA